GGAGGAGGGACGGGGUCGGGAUGGAGGAGGCUGCGGAGGAGAAGAAAGGGCCCAGGGAGAGACGCUGACGGGCGGGGGCUGGGGAAAGUCCCGGGGGUGGCGAGUGAGGAGACCCUGAGGGGACCUAGCGAGGGGAAGACGAGUGCGUCCCGGGAAGAAGCUGGGCCCGACGGCUCGGUGGUGUGGAGAGGGAAACGGAGAGGAGGACUGAGGCAGACGGGAGGAGGAAGCCCGGGAAAGUGAGGCGGCCGGCUGGAGCGCCAAGUUGGGAAACCGGAGACGGGGACCUCUGCCGAGGGGGCAGAACCUGGUCCCUAACUGGAGGCCCUGAAAGGAGGAGCGUUUCCAGAGUGAGGCAGUCCGUGGGGAUUGGUGGACAAAGCCUGAGGGAAGAGAUGUUAAGAUUAGAAAAGCGGCCGAGGACCAGAAUUGGCUUGAGAGACCCUGACAAAAUUUGGAGCGGCUAGGCAUGGGCGGAGCAGGGUCUCCGAAGCUUGGCUCCCUGUAAGAACAGUUUCGUACCCCUGUGGUUCAUCACCAUGCCCUCUGACCUGGCCAAGAAGAAGGCAGCCAAAAAGAAGGAAGCUGCCAAAGCACGACAGCGGCCCAGAAAGGGACACGAAGAAAACGGAGAUACUGUCACAGAACCACAGAUGGCAGAGGAGAAAAAUGAGGCCAAUGGCCGAGAGAGCACAGAAGUGGAUUUGCUGACAAAGGAGCUAGAGGACUUUGAGAUGAAGAAAGCUGCUGCUCGAGCUGUCACUGGUGUCCUUGCCUCUCACCCCAACAGUACCGACGCCCACAUUAUCAACCUCUCCCUCACCUUUCAUGGUCAAGAGCUGCUCAGUGACACCAAACUGGAAUUAAACUCAGGCCGUCGUUAUGGCCUCAUUGGCUUAAAUGGAAUUGGAAAGUCCAUGCUGCUCUCUGCUAUUGGGAAACGGGAAGUGCCCAUCCCUGAGCACAUUGACAUCUACCAUCUGACUCGGGAGAUGCCCCCUAGUGACAAGACACCCUUGCAGUGUGUGAUGGAAGUCGACACAGAGCGGGCCAUGCUGGAGAGGGAGGCUGAGCGGCUGGCUCAUGAGGAUGCCGAGUGUGAGAAGCUCAUGGAGCUCUACGAGCGACUGGAAGAGCUGGAUGCCGACAAGGCGGAGAUGAGGGCCUCACGGAUCUUGCACGGGUUGGGUUUCACUCCUGCCAUGCAGCGCAAGAAGCUGAAAGACUUCAGUGGGGGCUGGAGAAUGAGGGUUGCCCUUGCCAGAGCCCUCUUCAUUCGGCCCUUCAUGCUGCUCCUGGACGAGCCCACCAACCACCUGGACCUCGAUGCCUGUGUGUGGUUGGAAGAAGAAUUAAAGACUUUUAAGCGCAUCCUGGUCCUCGUCUCUCAUUCCCAGGACUUUCUGAAUGGUGUCUGUACCAACAUCAUUCACAUGCACAACAAGAAGCUGAAGUAUUACACGGGUAAUUAUGAUCAGUAUGUGAAGACACGGCUGGAGUUGGAGGAGAACCAGAUGAAGAGGUUUCACUGGGAGCAAGAUCAGAUUGCACACAUGAAGAACUACAUUGCUAGGUUUGGUCAUGGCAGUGCCAAGCUGGCCCGGCAGGCCCAGAGCAAGGAGAAAACACUACAGAAAAUGAUGGCAUCGGGACUGACGGAGAGGGUCGUGAGCGACAAGACAUUGUCAUUUUAUUUUCCACCGUGUGGCAAGAUUCCUCCACCUGUCAUUAUGGUGCAAAAUGUGAGCUUCAAGUAUACAAAAGAUGGGCCUUGCAUCUACAACAAUCUAGAAUUUGGUAUUGAUCUCGAUACGAGAGUGGCUCUGGUGGGGCCCAAUGGAGCAGGGAAGUCAACUCUUCUGAAGCUGCUAACUGGAGAGCUACUACCCACAGACGGGAUGAUCCGAAAACACUCUCAUGUCAAGAUAGGACGUUACCAUCAGCAUUUACAAGAGCAGCUGGACUUAGACCUCUCACCUUUGGAGUACAUGAUGAAGUGCUACCCAGAGAUUAAGGAGAAGGAAGAAAUGAGGAAAAUCAUUGGUCGAUAUGGUCUCACUGGGAAACAGCAGGUGAGCCCAAUUCGGAACCUGUCUGAUGGGCAGAAGUGCCGAGUGUGUCUGGCCUGGCUGGCCUGGCAGAACCCCCACAUGCUCUUCCUGGAUGAGCCCACUAAUCACCUGGAUAUUGAGACCAUCGACGCCCUGGCCGAUGCCAUCAAUGAAUUUGAGGGUGGUAUGAUGCUGGUCAGCCAUGAUUUCAGACUCAUUCAGCAGGUUGCACAGGAAAUCUGGGUCUGUGAGAAGCAGACAAUCACCAAGUGGCCUGGAGACAUCCUGGCCUACAAGGAGCACCUCAAGUCCAAGCUGGUGGGCGAAGAGCCCCAGCUCACCAGGAGGACCCACAAUGUGUGAGCCCCUGCCUGGAUGGGGCCGGGCCUCUGGGGCCACACUCCUGCAUUGCUGCAAUACCGCUCCCCAGCCCCUCCCCUGCCCCCACCUGCCUUAGCUGCACUCUGUGAUCUUAUCUACAGCUGGACAGUACCUGUCCGUUUCCUGUCCUUCCAGUUACUUUUGUCCAUGUCUGGACUCGGCUGGCUAUUCUGCCAGCUCCUUGCUGGUUACUGACCUGAUAGUGAUGCAGCCAGAGGCACCUGAGGGUUAGCCCAAGGGCCCACAUCCUGGGUUGGCCUGUGAAAGAGCUUAGGGUCCUCGUUUUCUGGGUUUUGGUGAUGUUGGAGGAAUACCCCCCAGCCCACCACCCCCAUUCCUUUCUGCUUCUGGUUUGGAGCUCUGGACCAGGGCUUUAGUCCUGGUCGGUUUUUAAAUAAUUAUUUAACAGUGUAACUUUUAGACCUGCGUGACAUCUACAAAGUGUCCAAUAAAGAAAGAAGAAGCCAU